AUGGCUGCAUUCCCAUUAGAUCCUCGCCUUGCAAAAGUUAUUCUGGUAUCAAAGGACUUGAAUUGUUUAGAAGAAAUCCUCAGUAUUGUUUCAAUUCUUUCUGUUGAUUCAUUAGUGUUUAAUCCACAAACAAAGCGUGAAGAAGCCCUGGCAGCAAGGAAAAAAUUUGAAUCUGCUGAAGGAGACUUCAUAACUUACCUCAACAUCCUUCGAGCUUUUAAGGCUUCAGCUGGUAACAAGAAAUGGUGUCGAGAAAAUUUUGUCAAUACAAAGAAUGCCAAUAUGGCUUUGGAAGUCCGUCGACAGUUGAGAGGCAUCUGUCAGGAUCAAGGAAUGCAAUUUACCUCUUCUUCCCGGGAUUCAAAUGCUGUCAGAAAAUGUUUGGUGGCUGGUUUCUUCAUGAAUGCUGCUGAGCUUAACAAAGAUGGAAAUUAUAUUACUUUAUCAACCCGAAAAAUUUGUUCAAUCCAUCCGUCAUCUUCAUUAUUCAACUGUAAACCUGCAUAUGUUAUUUACAAUGAGUUGGUGCAAACGACAAAGUGUUACAUGAGGGAUGUGUGUGUUGUAGAUCCAGAUUGGCUGUAUGAUGCUGUUCCUAGUUAUUUCAAGAAGAAAUAA